AUGCUGGGGAUCGACCUGGACCGCGGCAGUUAUGCACGGAUUUUCAGCGUGCUCUCGCGCGGCGAUGGGUUCAUAACGUCGGAGGAGUUUGGCCAGUUAUCGCUGCAGAGCGUCAGCCAGGGGUUCGACGUGGCGCUCACGGCACAGUACGAGAACAAUGGUUUUGCGAGAGCGCAGUACGUUCUGAACGAGGUUCGCGAGCAGUGGGAGCGGGACGAGCUCUUGCCGUUCCCGGAGCGGUUGGGGCGCACAUUAGCGACAUUCUGGGACCGGGCUGAGAGCCUGUCUGACUUUGCCGAAUUCUUGGUCGGCCUGACCAGCUUGGUCGUCGCUCUGCGCUCCAUCGGUGACCAGCUCAACUGUCUCCUGGUACCGGGUUCUGCCAGCCCGGGGAUCUGCGACAAGGUCGACAUCGGCAACUUGAUCCCCCUGGUCUUCCUCCUGCGCAAAAGCGUGAGCGACGUCUGGAGGGAGAUCAGCGAGAACUACGUCCAGGACCUGGACCAGGACUCCGCCGUGGCGUUCGCCAGCGUGUUCAAGCCAACAGGGAUGAAGCUGGCCGCCUUCAUGUCGAUCCGAGCCCAGGGCGCGGAGUGGAGAACGAUACCCCUUGGCGGGGAAGUCCCCUACGCGACGAUGGCCGCGGGCGACAGCCUGCACCUGAUCGUGCGGGGGUCCAUGAGGCUCGUCGCCCAGGGCAACGUUGCGGGCCUCAGCGAGACCGUCGCGGUGCUGAAGGCCGGCUCCUUCAUCGGCGGAGCGCAGUUCGUGGAGGCCGAGGACGGCCUCGUCUCCGGCCGACGCAGCAGCUCUCUGAUAGCGAACGAGAGCGUGCAGCUUCUCGAGUGGAAGAGCGGCGCCAAGCUGAAGGCGUUCUUGCGAGUGCACGAGAGCCUGCAGACCGAGUUUACGUCGGCGAUCGUCAGGUCCAUGACGGCCGACAUGAGUCAGGUCACCAAGCAGGCCAAGAUGUUCUCGUUCGAGCUUCCAGUAGUCUUUCGAAAUUUUAAGGCAGGACCGACUGGCGUCCACCCUCGGGGCAGAUCGCGCGACCAUCUGGAUCCACAACCCUGCGACGGAUUCUUUGUGGACGUGGUUCGUGUCUGA